UGUAACUAAGUGGACCCUACUGACCACUGAACCACAAAGCGUAAGAGUGAAAAGAAGUGGGAGAAACACGUGAAGAAGAAGGAAGUGAGGCACUUUCCUCUGGACUGCUUUCCUGCCCUUUAUUACUAAAACUGAAUGGAAAAGAGAGACUUCUGUGCCUUUCCUCCCCCAACCUCAGGGAUGGGUGGAUUGUAAGUACAGUGUGUGCAGCUGGGAGAAUAGACUGAACCAUGAAUCUUCAGGCUCAGCAAAAGUCUUCAAACAAAAGGACUGGGAAACGAAUUGCCUAUUUUAAUGAGCAGGAAAUAGCUGUGUCCUCAAAAGAACCUCAGCAGCCGCUGAAGGAAGGGCAGUACUAUGGCCAUGGAGGGAAUAUACCGGUCUCCCAAACUAUGGAGAUUUCUCACGCAGGAGGAUUAACAAGUGCCCCCAACAAUGUUGCUUUGAUGAACUCUGUUUACAAUCAAGAUAGGGGAGAAUCAAUGAUGAUGUCCCAGGCAGUAACAGCUGUCAAAUGGCAGAAUUCCCUAAUGGGAAAUCGGUUGCCAGAGAGGGGUGAUGGCCACUGGCAGUCUCCACCUUCGAUGUGGAACCAUGGUAUGGUUUUUGGAGGCAACCCAAAAGGACCCCACGCCAAUGCUGGUGCCCCAGGCUUCUAUGGCCAUGCAGAAGCCCUUAAAAGAAAUCAAGAGAAAGGAGUGUUUGUGUCCCAGCUGGAUUUGUACGGAGAUGCUGUCCAGCAGAUGAUUUCGCAGAAGGCUCAGCUGGAACAGCAAGCCCUGGUUAGGCAGCAAGCUCAAAUGAAUUCUUUCCAUCAGAUGCAGAAACAGCAGCAGCAGAAUCAGAGUCUGCCAUUACAGCCUUUCCAACUUGCAUUUGGUCACCAAGGCCAAAAGCAGGGUCUUCCUGAAUUGUUACAUGUCUUUCAAGAAGCCCCAGCUUCUUCCAGUCCAGCAUUUACUGCUCAGCAAAAACAGCAAGCUCUUCCCCAACUACAGCUGUUUGAAAAUUUUUACCCUCAACAGCAGCAGCAACAGGCUGCCACACAAGCCUUCAGCCUGCAGCAAACUACUUCCAUAGCACAGCCUCAUGUGGCAGCUGCAGCACCUCAGCAUCACAUGAUGGCACACCAGUUUCAGCAAACAGAGAGGAACCAGGAACUAUUCAAGGCUCUAACAGAGCAGAACCAACAGACUGUGCUACCUCAGACCCAGAUUCCCUUUCCAAGAAGGUCACGGAGACUCUCCAAAGAAGGUGUCCUGCUGACAUCUGCAGGAGAAGUGUUGGCUUCCAAGCAGUCAGAAGAACAACCUAGCAAUUUAUUCCUGCAUCACUGGCAAACCCAUCAGCAGGAGGUCCCAUUACAGCAGCCACCUGAAUCACUGGCCCACAACAAAAGCAACUAUUUGCACCCCAAGAGACUGGAUAUGGGGCAGAAGGAUGUCCUGGUCAAUAGUGAGCUGUGCCAGAUGGAAAGAGACAGACAAACCACAGCCCAGAAUGGUAGAGAUGAAGAGAAACAGGCAGCAGCAGCUGAAGAAAACACUCAGAGAACUAAUGAUUUUCAGGGUGUCAGAGGUGGUGUCAUCCAGAGUACACGACGGAGACGGCGUGUUUCUCAAGAAGCCAAUUUGCUAACUUUGGCUCAAAAAGCUGUUGAGCUGGCUUCUCUUCAGAAUGUAAAGGAAGCGGAUACUUCAGAAGAGAAGAGUGUGUUGAUAGCAGCUCCAGGACCUACAGCUGCAAAAAGUGUGGUGGAAUUUGCCAGUUCUUCACCAGCUCCCAAAAGAGCCCGAGAGGAUAACAGCCUCGUGCCUCUUAUCAUUCCUGUGUCUGUGCCAGUGAGAAAAAUUGACUUGCAGAGCCUUGGGAAAGAAAAGUCUGAGGAUGGAAAGCUCCAGAGAGGCCAGACAAAUGAUCGAGCUCCUUGUGAACGCAAGCCUUCUGUGAUAGUCACUCGGAGGCGAUCUAAUCGUAGUACUAACAUGGAAACCUCAAAUCAGCAUGAAGAUGCUGUUCCAAAGGAUGAAGCAGAGGGCUUUGCCCGGAAACCAAAGCAGCGGCCACGACCUGAGCCACUCUUCAUUCCACCAAAAGCUGGCACCUUCAUUGCACCACCUGUUUAUUCUAACAUUACUCCAUAUCAGAGCCACUUACGGUCACCUGUCCGUCUGGCAGAUCAUCCUUCGGACAGGAACUUCGAGCUACCUCCUUACACUCCUCCACCAAUUCUUAGCCCAGUGAGAGAAGGAUCUGGGCUGUAUUUUAAUGCUAUCCUCUCUUCAAGCGGUCAUUCUGUUCCACCUCCAAUGACUCCUAAAAGUGCUCACAGAACUCUGCUUAGAUCAAACAGUACAGAAGUUACCCCUCCUGUUCUUACAGUAGUGGGAGAAGCCACGCCGGUCAGCAUUGAACCGAGAAUAAAUGUAGGAACUCGCUUUCAAGCAGAAAUCCCAUCACUCCAAGACAGAUCUCUGGCAGCAGAUGAUGAACAUAAAGCAGAGCUGGUGUGGCAGCCGUGGGGCGACCUGGAAACCAACAAAGUCACCCAAGAGAAUGUGGAAAACCUGCUAGCUGCUGCCUGUUCAAGCAUUUUUCCUGGAGCUGGAACCAACCAGGAGCUGGCGUUGCAUUUCUUACAUGAAGCAAAGGGAAGCAUUCUGGGAGCUUUGACCAAACUGCUGUUGCAGAGGCCAGUACGAUCGCCUACCCACCCUUUGGCAGAUUAUCACUACACAGGAUCAGACAAGUGGAAAGUUGCUGAAAAAAAACUUUUCAACAAAGGAAUUGCGAUCUACAAGAAAGACUUUUUCUUGGUCCAAAAACUUAUAAAAACCAAAACAGUGGCCCAGUGUGUGGAAUUCUACUACACGUACAAGAAACAGGUGAAAAUUGGUCGGAAUGGGACCUUAAUCUUUGGGGACAUUGAUGUUGCUAAUGAGAAAUCGAUGAAAGAUGAAGCUGAAGUAGACAUCAAGAGUUCCCAUAGGUUUGCACGUGUUCUUCCUCCCAGAAGGGACAUUUACAGUGAAGAACAGGGGCAUGUGGAGGAAGAAGAGGAGGAGGAAGAAGAAGAGGCAGAGGAAGGGUUGGAUAACAGAAAGAAGAGCAGCACAGUUCCACUCAAAGAUGAACAGACACUACAAGAUGGUGUAACAGCCAGUGAUGCCAGUCUGAGGAGUCAAGAGGCAACUGUCACAGGCAGAGUUGGAAGGAAGCCGAGGGAGGCAACAGUGAAGCCUCGAAAGCCUAUUGCUGCUCCAGUGCAGAGGAGGAGGCGGAAACAGAAGAUAAAAUCAGAUGCUACUAGUAAAACUCCAAACACAGAAAACGCAUUUCCAUGUAAAAAAUGUGGCAGGGUCUUCUACAAGGUGAAGAGCCGCAGUGCUCACAUGAAAAGCCACGCAGAGCAGGAAAAGAAGGCAGCUGCACUGAAGCAGCAAGAGAAGGAGGCAGCAGCAGCAGCGGCGGCGGCAGCAGCAGCCCACAGCCAGGCCCAGCGGGAAGAGAGCAGCGAGAGUGGGAGCAGCAGCAGUGGAAGCAGCAGUGUGAGCUCGGAUGAAGAAGGAGAAAUAUAG